AUUGACGUCAGUUAAUCGCUGCGUUUUAAAGACGCUGCGCUCUUGCAUCUUAAACUAUAAAACUCCCUCUCGCACUUUCCCUCCUCCUCUGUCCUGUCUUCACUUUCUCUCUCUUCAACACUCAACUCUCCAGUACCAUUGCACCACUUCCAGAAAAAAUUAGGGUUUUAAUUCUUAAUCAUUUCAACGAUCUUCAUCGAAUUUCGAAUCCCUAAUUAAUAAUUUAUGGGGAUGAUUAAUCUGGAAGUACGAUGUCCGAAGAAUGUUACCGUAAUUUCAAUCGAUCCUAACCCUAGCUGGAACUUCAACAAUCUUAUGUCGGAAUUGAGUUCAUUAGAGUCUAAGCUUUACAAUAAUGGCACUGAUUCUUCGUUAAACCCUAAACCUUUCAUCAAAUCACCAGCUCGCGAUUUUCGCAAGAUUGGAAGAAGAGAAAAUAAUGUGGAGAAAUCGAAGGCAUUCGUAAUGCGAAUAGACGAUGUCGAGAUGAAUGAAUUCGAUGAUGAUGGAACUGAAGCUGGAAGCUUGGUACCAUCCAGUCGAUUUACGUUUACUGAUAUGUAUCUCGGUGAAAGUGACGAUUCAGACAACGAACAAAUGCACCAAAUGCAAGUUCCUUGAGGUGACGCAUGAACACCAGCUCGGCGUUAAGGAGGAAAUCAGGAACCAAUUAGCAGCAUUGGAGACGCAGUUGGUGGCUGAAAAGGAGAAAUCUACAUCAGCCCUUGUUCAAGUUGAGAAAAACAUUGACGUUAGACGGCAAAUGGACAGAAAACUGGAUUUGCAUUACCAACGCAAGAUUGCUGAAGCUCUUGAUGAUCAUUUGACAGCCAUUCAAAGGGAUCAUGAGCACAGAUCACAGUUAGAAGAAAGAAAAAUAAGAGAUGAUGCUGCUGUUGAAGAAGCCAAAAGAAAAGAGAAGGCUUUACAAGAAGAAAAGUUGCGCCAACAGAAGGCCAAGGAAGAUCAAGAGGUGCAGGCUAGACUUGAGGCUGCUAAAAGAGCUGAAGAGGAAAGAAAAGCUGCACAAGAAGCUGAAAAGUUGGCUAAAGAAGCUGCAGAUAAACUGAAAGAGGAAAAUUCGAGGAAGGAUUAUGUUAAUGCACAAAAGGCUGCAUCAACCACAUCUGCUGCAAAUGUUUCUAAGGAAAUGAAGUCAUCAGGUAAUUUAGUUAGGGCUGCAGUAAAUGCUUUGAAGCUUGAGGAGCGAAGGCUACAGAUUUACAAAGAAUUAAAUGAUAGGAACCAGUUAAUCAUCUCUGGUUCUCAUGCGAACUUCGUCCCCAAAGAACGGGAUAUUAAAAGGACAAUAAGACAAAUAACUGGGACAAUAGACAACGUAAGAUCCAAAGCAAAUAAAUUGGUGGAGAUUCUCAACGACCCAGUUUGUCCUCAGUCUGUUGCUGUGGCGAUGUUUGCGAAGGAGGUCAUCUCUAUUUUUGAAACAACAAGCCCAAAGUUCAACAGCUCUGCUUUUGCAUGUGGUCAUGUUAUUGUCUAUGUUAGUUCACAGGUCCCAGCUGUCAUGGAUUGUCUGCUUGCUGAGUUUCACAAGGCUUGUAUUUACACUGUUCCGAAGCAUAAAAUGUACUCUAAGGCUGCAUUUGAAACGGAAGAAUCUUAUUACAAAGCCAUUGGCUAUCGAGAAGAAAAUGGGAAGACAGAGACAACAGAUAGCUAUCUGGAUCGGAUCGAAUCUCUGAUGAAACUAUAUGGGGCUCUAGUUCAGACGGUUACUCAAGGUGUUCAGAACAAGCAUGGCUUGGAAGAAGGUUGGGCUUGGCUUGCACGGUUCUUAAAUGUUCUCCCACCUAAUCGAUACACUGCUGUUGCUCUUGAGGCUUUUCUAGAAAUGGCAGGGUUUGCUCUCCAUAGAAAAUACAAGUCCCAGUUUAUAAAGGUACUAAAUUCCAUUUCAAGGGAGUUUGUGCCUAAACUGAGAGCUCGAGACCCUAAUGCUGGUUCAAAGAUAAGUAGGAUUCAGGAAUACAUAGAAUCACAGAAGUUUCUACAGGAGCCAACAGGAUGGCGUCUUCAGGGUGCUUUGCUGUUGCAUACUUCUGUUCCAGAAGCAGAUCGAAGACAAGAGCAAUAUCACCAUGCUCCAAACAGACACUUUACCUAUCAUAGGUAGCUUCUAAUGGUAUAGCAGUUGCUUUGAAAUAAUAGUGUAUUAUAGAAGGCAAUAAUGGUACGUCUAGUGGUCUCAAUUUUUUGUAUUUGCAUUCUAUGUUGGAUGUGGUAGAUUGGGUUGUAAAACUCUGUACUUAGAUGUCUUAGAAGUACCCCUUUUUUAGUGAAAGAAAUGUCCCAUUAAAUUAUAUAGGUCUUCUAUGAUUGACUCUUCAUACAUGUAGUUCUCAUAUUAAAAUGUUGAAAAUUAAACACACUUCAUCUACAAACAAAAGUUUAUAUGCUUUUUGUAUACAUGUUGGGUGAAUAAAUAGUAAGAAAAUUGUGUUCAGUUGAUGGAGGUGAAAAAAAAAAACUCCUUGA